GGGAAAUAACAGUCCACCUCCUUUUUUCUUUUCUCACCGAUUUUUUUUUUCUUCUUUUUUUUUUCCUUUUUCCUUUUUUUUUUCAUAUAUUAAAAAAAAAAAUGUCUUCAACAAGGGUUUAUAUUGGUCACUUGGCUAGAGAUGCCAGAGCUCGUGAUUUGGAACGUCUUUUCAAGAAUUAUGGUGAAAUCAGAGAAGUCAACGUCAAGUCUGGUUUUGGUUUUGUUGAAUUUAAAAGUGCUCGAGAUGCUAAGGAUGUUGUUUAUGACUUCCAUGGUAAGAACUUUCUUGGUGAAAGACUUAUUGUAGAAAUUGCUCGUGGAGCUCGUCGUACUCGUGAUGAUGGUCCUGAUCGUGGUCGUCGUGAUGAUCGUCGUGGAAACUCUCGUCGGUCUACUUCUCGUUAUCGUUUGGUUGUUGAAAAUGUUGCCCCAAGCACGAACUGGCAGGAUCUCAAGGAUAUGAUGCGCAAGGCUGGUGAAGUUAUCUACGCUGAUGUUGGCAAGCCUCGUCCUGGUGAAGGUGUCGUUGAUUUUGCUGAUCGUGCUGAUAUGGAAUAUGCUUUGAAAAAGAUGAACGAUCGUGAAUUGAAUGGUCAACGUAUUACUCUUCGUUUGUAUCAUCGUGAACGUUCUCGUCAUUCUCGUAGUCGUUCUAGAUCUCGUAGCCGUUCUCCUCGUCGUUCUUCUCGUCGUUCUCGUACUCGCUCUCCUUCUGUUUCUCGCUCCAGAUCUGUUAGCCCUCGCUCUCGUUCUCGUAGCGCUUCUCCUCGUCGUGUAUCUCGAUCUCAAUCACCAUCCCGCUCUAGAUCUCGAUCUCCUCGUCGUGCUGCUUCUGGUGAAAGACCUUCUCGUCGUAGUGCUUCCCCAUCUGAAAGUCAAGGUUACCAUUCCCCUGAACCUACCUCUGAUGGAAGGGAUUAGGAAAGUUGAUUAUUGAAGAAAAAGACUGUUUUUAGUUUGUUAGUCUUAAUCAAUAGUUUAGUUGAUAUUAGUUUUUAUCAGUACCCCUCCUUUUUUUUUUUUUUUUCUUAUUAUUAU